AUGCGUCUGAUUAAUACCAGCACGCUAGAAUUCGCCUGGUUCCCUAGAACUCCACCUCCACAUGCAAUCCUUUCCCACACUUGGGGCUCUGAUGAGGUGACUUUUACGGAUUUCACCAACCUGUCCACGAGAGCCAAAAAAUCGGGCUUCACCAAAAUCAAACAGACCUGCGAAAAAGCUCUCAAAAAUGGCUUCAGCUACGUGUGGAUAGAUACAUGCUGUAUCAAUAAAGAAAGCAGCUCCGAGCUGAGUGAGGCCAUCAAUUCCAUGUUUCGAUGGUAUCGCGACGCGGCCAUAUGCUACGCCUAUCUCGAAGACGCCCCCGAUGACAUGAAGCUACCGAUAACAAGCUCUUCGUCGAUUAAACACUGCAGAUGGUUUACCCGUGGCUGGACAUUGCAAGAAUUGCUUGCGCCCAAGGAAGUUGUAUUUUUCGGAGCCAAAUGGACCAAAAUCGGUCGAAAGACGGAGCUUAAAGAAAUUGUGGAACAGAUUACUGGAAUUCCCUGCGCAAUUCUUACCGGAGACAUACGGUUAGACCAGACCAGCGUUGCAAACCGCAUGAAUUGGGCUGCAAAAAGAGAGACGACUCGUGAAGAAGACAUUGCGUAUUGUCUCAUGGGAAUAUUCGACGUCAACAUGCCCAUGAUAUACGGCGAGGGCCGGAAUGCUUUCACUCGCCUGCAGGAGGAGAUCUUGAAGCAAACUCAGGAUGAUUCCUUGUUUGCUUGGCGGGCCAGCCAAGAGUCUGCAUCCGAGGCCCCGUAUCGUGGCUUAUUUGCUUCAUCGCCGAAAGAAUUUGCCAGUGAGGCGACUUUCACUCCCUUUUUCACUAGCAUGGCUGGUGCGUCGACUAUACUCGGCAAUGGGCGAAUAUCACUCAGCUGCGCUCUAUACCGAGACGGCUUCAUUGGCCUCAAGUGUUAUCAGGGCACGGAACUCUCAUCAGUUGUGGGCGUCCACGUCAUUAACACAGGAAACAAUCACUUUAUACGGUCCAUACCCUCGCAGUUGGCCUUAAAACCUCAUCAAUAUCCUAUUGCGUUUCAAACUGCUGUAUUUGAUAAGUUUGUCGAGAUGAGGGAGCCGAGAUUACUGAGCGACAUUUAUGAGCGCAAUGAACUUUUUCUUGCUCUGCCUCCAGAAAUACGGUUGAUGGCCGUGUAUCCCGAAGAGUACACAGGAUUUCAGAAGACGAUGAAGCUGCCAAUAACGCAUCUUGUCGGGAAAAAAGUUGCCUUUCGUAUGGAAGUCGACAGGAAGGCAUCGGGGGCUGAUGUCUUUCAAAAGAUUGGAUGGGAUGCCAAGGGCACGGCAGUUCUCCUACUGCUUUGGGUUGAACAACUCAGCACAACAUUGUUUAAUUACUAUUUUGACCCAAUGACCGUCAAUGCUUGGGAUGCCGAGUCAGAGUUUAAAGCUGCCGAAAGGCCUCCAGAAGCACUCGGUGCAAAAGAAACAGCCAUUGCGUGGUCUACUAUUUGUGCGACUGGAAGUCAUAUGAUAGUGGGCGGGCAUCAAAUAUUUCGUCUUCAGUUGAGUAUUUCUACAAAUGCGGAUUUCAAAAAGACGGCGGUAGAUGUUCUAAAUGAAAUGGAAAAGGCCGAAAAGCAAAGAGAAAGGGAAUGGGAAAGGGAAAUGAGAAGGGAAUGGGAAUGGGAAUGGGAAAGGGAAAGAGAAAGGGAAUGGGAAUGGGAAAGGAGAAGGGAAUGGGAGGAGGCUGAAAGGAGGUGGGGAAGCUGA